AUGCCGCGCCCGGAUCCCCGCAUCUGCAGCGCCGCGCGCGCCAACUUCCCGGGCUCUGCGCUGCUGCAUUUUCUUUUCGUGGAGCAGCGCUGCCUGCUUUUAUAUUGGUGGAGCUUCCGGAGUGCUCUGAUCAAGAUGGAGGUCAGUCUCUACCUCAUGAGCGAGCAUGUGGUGACAAAAGAUGCUGGCGCGUUGUGGCUGGACAUUGUGGGAUGCGUUGCAGACGAAGUCGCCGUUGCUGCGAAUUCCUUUGAUGCCAGUUUUCAAGGGUCCUGUGUCUCCUAUGCUGGCGACAACUACCUUCCCUGGAUGCUCCACUCCUGUUCGCUGAUUGCGCUGUUGAUACUGCUGUGGAGCCUCGUCCGCUUCAUGGCGGAAGGAAACAGCAUCCAGCAGGUGUUUGGCUCUGGGAACUACCUUGUUUUCAGCUGGAAGUUGGGCCACGACCGCUUCUACCGCACUUUGGCAACGAUUCUGCCGUUCUACACGGGUGCCUUGCUUGGUGCGAUCCUGGCUGUGUCCCUGGGCCUUGUAGGCUCCUCCGGGGGCUCCUUCGGUCUGCGCCGGGCCUUGUCUCUUCUGGGUGCCGACUUGUCUUUGCAAGUGCUGAGCUUGGUGGCGUUGCUACGCCCGACGAUGCCGGGCUUCCACUGGCAGACAAAGGAGUUCCGACGACUCCAGUUUGCCAGGACAUGGCUGAAUCUGAUCUGGGAGAGCAACGACAUGUUGGCGCAGACCCUCUCCGAUGCCAUCUGCAUCCGGACACCGGACUUUAUACACGUGCAAGACUAUGCGCUGCUUUGGGAGCUGCAUGUCAAGUACGACCAGCCAAGUGAGGAGGAGCAGGAAGAGGACUUCCGCAGCCUCGUGGCGCACGAGAACGAGAAGCCGAGUGAGGAUAGUCAGAACAAGUCACUGGUGCCAUGUGGCGGUUGGUGCCUAGCUUCUGUGGCCGUGGCAGCCAUUGCAUCCCUCAUCGCCCUCAUCUUCGUGGCUUCUGGCGCUGCCAUCCCGGUGCACCACCAGGAUGAGCUGGUGAUGGAGACUCCGACACCAGCGCCUUGUGUUCCUGUGCACGCAGAGCCUGUGCCUUGUGUUCCAGUGCACGCAGAGCCUGUGCCUUGUGUUCCAGUGCACGCAGACUGUCCGCCGCCGAUCUCCUGCCCCCAGGAUCCUGGUGCAGACUACUGCAUGGCACACUUCGACCAGUGGCAGACACUCUGGGACGAUGAGCGGAAAGGCUACUGUUGCGAUCGUUGCGGCCGCGCUUGCCCAGAGGCAAUCAUUGCUGUCGCUCCAGCACCCCCACCGCCACCGCCGCCGCCACCGCCACCGCCGCUCCCGCUGCCACCGACAAAAGCGCCGGUCUUCGUCGCGGAGUUCAACUGCCAUGCCGGCUUCAGAAAUUGGUAUUUCGGCUGGUCAGAUCCAAAGAAGCACUGGUGCUGCCAGCAUUUCGACAUGGGUUGCCCGGGUACCUGGAAUGGACCGGACCAUCCGGAAGCCACAGGCAGAGACAGAGAAUUUGACAGCGACUAUGAUGAGUGA